CCCAAAUUUCUGCUCGCUGCCGCUGCCGUGUCUGUGUACACUACACAUAACUCGCGUCAAAACUCGUCCAGUAACCACAUUCCUCUCUUUCUUCCCUCAGCCAUUGUCGUGUUUCCUUCUUGGUCGACCCCAUCAUCACAACUAUUGUCCUAGGUCCUUCCCAAUUACCUUACUCCCAGUUCGCUGUGUAUAUUCACCACCAUCAUCCUCUUACCUUCAACCCGUCACGUUGUCCUCCUCAACAAUAAGCGGUGGUGUGAACCACAAUUCUCAUCAUGCAGGACUCAACAACCCAUCUCUUAUUUACUCGCCAGAGUCAGGGUGAGAACCGUGACCAGGGUUCCAAUUCCCUCUCUGGCAUCAUUUCAACCUUGGUCCCAACUCUCAUCAUUGCCGUCAUAGCCCUAGCCUUUUUCCUCUUCCUACGUACCCGUUCCACUCGAGUCUACGGACCCAGAACCGAUGAUCGACUCGUCCAAGAGGAAAAGCGCACUCCUACCUCCAGCGUGGGUUUCUUCAGCCUCAUCAGAAACUACAACACCUUGCCCGACAGCUAUGUCCUCAAACACAACUCCAUGGAUGGCUAUCUCUGGCUUAGAUACUUCAAGGUCCUCAUCGUCAUCUCCUUUGCCGGCUGCUUGAUCACAUGGCCUAUUCUCUUUCCCGUCAAUGCCACCGGUGGGGGCGGCCAGGAGCAAUUGGACAUCCUCAGCAUGAGCAACAUUGCAAACCCCAACCGCUAUUUUGCUCACGCUCUUGUUGCCGUCAUCUUCCUCGGCUUUGUCGUCUUGGUCGUCUGCCGAGAGCGUCUCUUUUUUGUUGGUCUGCGACGAGCUUUCUACCUGUCUGCCGCUCACGCCCAGCGAUUGUCCUCCCGAACUCUGAUGGUCAUGGGGCUCCCUGUUGAAUACAUGGAGGAAAAGGCUUUGCGACAAUUGUUUGGAGCCAACGUCCGAAAGGUCUGGAUCCCUACCGACUGCAAGUCUCUCGAAAAGGAUGUCAAGAAACAGACCAAGACCGCUCUCAAACUUGAAGGCGCAGAAAUGAAAAUGAUCAAAAAGGCUAAUGCCGCUCGCAUCAAGGCUGAGAAGAAGAAAAAGGCUCCUCCUGCAGAGGAAAAUGCUGGUCCUUCUCAAUGGCUCGAUGAGAAGAAGCGUCCCCGCCACCGCCUUUGGCCUCGAUUCUGGCAAAAGACCGAUACUCUCAACUACUGCCGGGGUACUCUAUCUGAGCUGGACAGAUUCGUCACCCAGCAACAGACUGAGCACCUCGACCUGAAGCAUACCAAAAUCUCCUCGGCUUUUAUCGAGUUCAACUCACAAGCAGCCGCUCACGAGGCUUACCAGACCAUUGGCGUUGAGUCCAAGAUGAAGUUCAACCCUCGCUACAUUGGUGUUCAGCCAGAUGAGGUCGUCUGGAGUAACCUUGGGGUCACAUACGCCUCGCGAAAGUCCAAGAUCAUUAUCGCAACGAUUGCUGUCUGGGUCAUGAUCAUCUUCUGGGCCAUUCCGGUCGCAUUUGUCGGUAUCCUGUCCAACAUCAACUAUCUGACCAACAAAGUCCCCUUCCUCAGCUUCAUCAACGACAUUCCACCAGUCAUUCUUGGUCUAGUCACCAGCUUGUUGCCUGUCAUUCUCCUAGCUGUUCUAAUGGCCUUGGUACCCAUCGUCUUGAGACUCCUCGCCAGACUUGCCGGUGAACCCACCCAGUCCGCCAUCGAACUCAAGACCCAGUCAUGGUACUUUGCCUUUCAGGUCGUCCAGGUCUUUCUCAUCACUACAUUUACAUCCAGUGCGUCGGCAACCACGACUCAGAUUAUUGCCAACCCUGCCUCGGCACCCAGUCUUCUGGCUGUCAAUCUGCCAAAGGCCUCCAAUUUCUACAUCAGCUACUUUAUUCUCUUCGGUUUGAUGCAAGCCGGCCUCCAAUUGCUCAACGUCGUUCCCUUGCUCAUGAUGACCUUUGUGGGGCCUCGAUUCUUGGACUCAACCCCUCGAAAGCGCUUCCACCGAUUUUUGCAACUUGCCACCGUUGGAUGGGGCUCCACCUAUCCCAAAUUCACCCUGCUCGGAGUCAUUGCCAUCUCCUAUGCUUGCAUCGCGCCCUUGAUCCUCGGCUUUGCCACUAUUGGCUUCAGCCUGCUAUACAUUAUGUUCCGAUACAACUGGCUGUUUGUCUUUGGCAAUGACAUCGACACCAAGGGUGAAACGUAUUCUCGCGCUCUGAAGCAGCUUCUGACCGGUGUCUACCUCGCCACCAUCUGCCUCAUUGGUCUGUUCGCCAUCGGUGUUAGCGACAACCGCAUCAGCAUUGGCCCAUUGGUCAUCAUGAUCAUAUUCCUGGUUGUCUUGGUCGUGUUCCAGACCAUGUUUGACCGUGCCAUUGCUCCGAUGGAGCAACACCUCCCUCUGGAGUUGCUUCGUGGAAACGAAUACAGCAAGGUCUUGGUCGAACCUAGCCUCGAGGAACAACAACUCAAGGAAGAGCAAAUGAACACUGGAUCGUCCAGCAGACAACACUCGCACGCCGCCACACUUCCCGAGACCUCCAAGGUUGAAGGUGAGGUGCCACAACCCAAGACUCCACCAUUCAACAUGUUGAGCCGUCGCCUGGAACCUUUGGCACAAAAGCACUACGAAGCCAACAAAACCAUUGUCCCAGAUGCCGAGUCUGAGAUCCUCCUGCCCGCAUAUACGUCCGAGGAGUAUGAACACGCCUAUCUCAACCCGGCCAUCACGUCUGCUCGUCCCAUUAUCUGGCUAGCCAAGGACAAGUGUGGCGUGAGCCAGUUGUUGGUCGAACAGAACAAAGAAGCAGGUCUUUUGAGCACGGACGACGGUGCUGAAUUCGACGAGAAGAACAAGUUGGUGUGGAACGAAGAGAAUGUCAAACAGGCCCCCAUCUGGGAACGACCUGUGAGAUACUAAAGCGGCAAAAGAACGUCACAGCAGGAUAGGGUGCAUGGGAUAUGGAACCGGUACAUUCCCGGAGGUUUUCGGUCGGUUGGUUUUGUCAUCUUUGAUCAGUAUACCCAGGAAUCAGGAUGGAGGAAUUCAAAAACACAGGCGUUUGAUGGGUCCGACGAUGUAACGAGAACCCAAUUGUACUGGUACGAGUUGUAUGUCUUGACUAAUUUCACCGGUGCCUGUCACAUUAGCGACAGAAGAAUCGCCGCGUACGUACGAAUAAGACUGCAAUCAUGAGUUAUUGUGAACAUGG